AUCGUCAUCAAAAAAUUAUUUCAUAACUGUAUAUUUGUAUGUAGCUAUUUGAGGAGGUAAUAUGUAUCUCAAAAAAUAAUUAUUAUAAAUAUAUGUGAAAUAAUUCUUUUUGAAAAUUUUAAUGGGAGUUCUUACAAAUUUAAGUGCUUUAGAAAAUUGAUAAAAUUAUAAAGAGUUUCUUAUAAGUUUUUAUAAUUUAAUAUACAAUUGUUAUUAAAAUGUUUUGUAAUUUUAAAUAUAUAACUUUUUGAAGUAAUUAAUUUAAUUGAAAAACGAAGAAUUUAUAAUUAUGGAUACCUCCUCGCAUCGAAAAUUCAGUGAAGAUGAUGGAAAAAUUAAUAGUGACAUUAUAACUACAAAUAAGCAAUCUCUUGAUUUUGAAAUGAAUAGUGUUUCUGUUGUACCUGAUGAAACAUAUACUGUUGCCCAAGCAGUCGAUGCUUUUGGAUUUGGAAAAUUUCAAGUUAAACUGUCAUUAUUUACUGGAUUAUGUUGGAUGGCUGAUAGUAUGGAGAUGACUAUACUUAGUAUUUUGGCACCUACACUACAAUAUGAAUGGCAAAUAAGUAGAUAUCAACAAGCAUUAGCUACAACAAUUGUUUUUCUUGGUAUGAUGGUGAGCUCUCCAUUUUGGGGAUCAUUUAGUGACAAAUUUGGUCGUAAACCAGCUUUAACAUUAUGUACAUUUCUUUUGUUUUAUUUUGGAAUCCUCAGCUCCAUGUCACCUAAUUAUACAUGGCUACUAAUAUUAAGAGGACUAGUUGGAUUUGCAAUUGGUUGCUCUCCUCAAUCUGUUACUUUGUAUGCUGAAUUUCUACCUUGUAAGCAACGGGCAAAAUGUGUAGUACUACUUGAUUGUUUCUGGGCACUAGGAGCAUGUUUUGAAGUGGUUUUAGCUCUUAUUGUUAUGCCCAUACUAGGAUGGCGAUGGUUGUUAAUUUUAUCCACUGCACCAUUGUUAGGAUUUGCAUGUAUCUGUCCGUGGUUACCAGAGUCAGUACGGUAUUUAGUAACUAGUGGACAAACAGAAAAAGCAAUAAGUACAUUAAAAAAAGUGGCUCAUGAUAAUAAUAAAUCUAUGUUAUUAGGGAAAUUAGUUGUGGAUGAUAUUGUUUUAGAAGGUAAACGUGGUUGUUUUUAUGACCUAUUAUUACCACAGCUUAGAGUUACAUCAGUAUUGCUUUGGUUUAUAUGGUUGGUUUGUGCUCUUUGUUACUACGGAAUUGUAUUAAUGUCAACUGAACUUUUUGAAAGUGGCAAUAACAAUAAAAUAUGUACUCCCAGUAUAGAAAAUGAACUAUUUAAAACUGUACAAACUUGUACUGCAGAGUCUCGCUACCUUUCUACAAGGGAUUAUAUUGAUUUGCUAUGGACGACAUUAGCUGAAUUUCCAGGUAUUUUUGCUACAAUUUAUAUCAUUGAUAGAUUUGGGAGAAAAAUUACAAUGGUAGUACAAUUUAUCAUAUUUGCAAUUAGUCUGAGUUUCCUUAUUCACUGUGCUAAAAACCGUGUCCUACUCACCAUUUCUCUAUUUUUUGCAAGAGGAAUAAUUGCUGGAGUUUUUCAAGCUGCUUAUGUUUAUACUCCAGAGGUUUACCCUACACCUUUAAGAUCAGUUGGACUAGGAACUUGUAGUGCAAUGGCACGUUUAGGGGCUAUGGUAACACCUUACAUAGCUCAAGUUUUACUUAAAUCAUCCAUUUCAAUUUCAAUAAUGGUAUAUAUUUCGGCAUCAAUAUUAGCUGCUAUAGCAUGUAUGUUGUUGCCAAUUGAAACUAAAGGAAGAGAUAUGAAAGAACACAUUGAAAAGGACUAAUUAAGAAACAGGUCCCCAAACAAACGAUGUCCAUAAAUUGUAACUGGUGUCAUUUGAUGAAAAUGUCAAUUUUUUAUUGGAAUUAUCACAGUUUAAGGAUUUUGUAGCAUUGUCAAACACAGUAAAUAAUGAUCCUAAACAUUUAAAUUUUUAAU